CGACAAUAAAUUCCAAAGUGAAAUUCUCCAAGUGGGUACCCUUCAUUUUCAUACAUAUUUCCCAUACCAUUUCAAUUCCUUUUGCUAAGAUCUACCCUUUUGUUUGAAUCAACUUUCUCUCCAGUUUUUCUUAAUCUUCAGGUUUCCAUAAAUUAUAUCCCAAUCAUUCAACACUGCUUAUUUUGCCUCCCUCUGGUUAAAGUUUAUUCUUUUUUCAUCUGGGUACAUGUAAAGUUCUUUCUUUUAAUGCUCAAAUUGAACACAACAUCAAGUUUUCUUCACCAUGUUGCUGCCAAAUAUUGGUUUCAGCUAACCAAACUUGAGCAGGGUGAUUGUUACUAGAUUUAUCAAUAGGAAAUUGCAAUCAUGAUCAGAGUUUGGCUUGUGAUGUUGAUGGUUCUCUCCAAUUUGUUGUUCUCUUCAAGUGGUGUUGGUUUGGAUAAUUCCACAGUACCUCCUGCAUUUGUAAAUAUUGGGGUUCUUUACUCUUUCAAUACCAGUGUUGGUAGAAUAGUGAAAAUUGCUGUAGAAGCUGCAGUUAAAGAUAUAAAUUCUGAUCCUUCUAUUCUUGGUAAAACUAAGUUGAAGCUCUCACUACAGGAAGAUUCGAAAUACCGAGGCUUUUUGAGCAUCGCCGAGGCUUUGCAGCUUAUGGCAACGCGCACUGUGGCUAUUAUCGGUCCGCAGACUUCGACAACAGCUCAUGUCAUAUCUCAUAUAGCAAAUGAGCUCCACGUACCUCUGCUAUCAUUUUCAGCGACGGAUCCUACUCUUUCUUCGCUUCAAUUCCCAUUCUUUAUUAGAACUGCUUUCAGUGACAUUUUUCAAAUGACUGCUAUAGCAGACAUUGUUAACCACUAUGGUUGGAGAGAGGUUAUUGCAGUCUACGGCGAUGACGACCAUGGGAGGAAUGGCAUAGGUGCGUUAGGGGAUAAGCUAGCUGAGAGACAUUGCAAGAUUUUGUUUAAAGCACCGAUGACUCCUGAGGCAAAUAGGGAGGAGAUUACCGAUGUGCUUGUUCAGGUGGCGUUGGCAGAAUCUCGGGUUAUAGUUCUUCACACAAGUACUGCUUGGGGUCCAAAAGUGUUGAGUGUGGCAAAGUCUCUUGGAAUGAUGCAAAAUGGUUAUGUCUGGAUUGCUACUAAUUUUCUAUCGUCUUUUCUGGACAUCGAUAGUCCACUUUCGUCAGAUGAAAUGGAUAACAUUCAAGGAGUUAUUACAUUAAGAAUGUACAUACCGGAUUCGAAGCUCAAAAGAUCGUUCGUUUCUAGGUGGGCAAAUUUGACUAGUGGAAAGACUGCAAAUGGUCCUCUUGGUCUUAGUACUUAUGGUAUAUUUGCGUAUGAUACUGUUUAUGUGCUUGCGCGUGCCCUUGAUACAUUUCUGAAACAAGGGAACCAAAUUACAUUUUCGCACGAUCCAAAGUUAACUGAACUACACGGAGACAGCAUGCAUCUUGAUGCUGUGAAAAUCUUCAAUGAAGGAAAUCUUUUGUGUAAAAGUAUUUAUGAGGUUAACAUGACUGGUGUAACAGGUCCAUUCAGGUAUACACAUGAUGGAAACCUUGCUAAUCCAGCAUAUGAAAUCAUCAAUGUGAUUGGAACCGGGACUCGGAGGAUUGGUUAUUGGUCUAAUUACUCUGGAUUAUCGGUUGUUCCUCCAGAAGAACUUUACUCAAAACUGCCUAAUCGUUCGAGCGAAAAUCAAAAGCUACUCACUGUGUUUUGGCCAGGAGAAACAACCCAGAGACCUCGAGGUUGGGUUUUUCCAAACAAUGGAAAGCUCUUAAAAAUUGGAGUACCGAAAAGGUUUAGUUACCGCGAAUUUAUUUCCCAGGUACAAUCUACUGACACGUUCAAGGGAUUCUGCAUUGAUGUAUUUCUUUCUGCGGUAAACCUGUUGCCCUAUGCGGUCCCCUAUAAGUUUGUUCCAUAUGGUGAUGGUCGAAACAAUCCUAGUAACACCGAGCUUGUGCGUCUGAUCACGGCCGGCGUCUUUGAUGCUGCAGUAGGUGACAUUACAAUUACUACAGAAAGAACAAAGAUGGUAGAUUUUACUCAGCCAUAUAUUGAGUCUGGUUUAGUGGUAGUAGCAUCAGUUAAGAAGACAGAUUCCAAUGCUUGGGCAUUUCUGACACCAUUUACACCAAUGAUGUGGACUGUAACAGCUAUCUUUUUCCUACUAGUUGGUGCAGUAGUUUGGAUUCUAGAACAUAGAAUGAAUGAUGAUUUUAGAGGACCACCUAAAAAACAAUUAGCCACAAUUUUGUGGUUUAGUUUUUCAACUAUGUUCUUCGCUCACAGGGAAAAUACAGUGAGCACUCUUGGUCGAUUUGUGCUGCUUAUAUGGCUAUUUGUAGUUCUAAUAGUUAACUCGAGUUACACAGCAAGCCUGACUUCAAUUCUCACAGUGCAACAACUUUCUUCACCUAUUAAAGGCAUUGAAAGUUUAGUAAAUAGCAAAGAGCCUAUCGGUUACUUGCAGGGUUCUUUUGCCCGGUCUUAUUUGAUCGACGAAAUCGGUAUUCAUGAAUCCAGACUAGUUCCUCUAAAAACACCUGAAGAAACUAUGGAAGCACUGGAGAAAGGUCCCAAAAAGGGUGGUGUUGCUGCGUAUGUUGACGAGCGUGCUUACAUAGAGCUCUUCCUUUCAAGCCGGUGUGAAUUCACUAUUGUAGGUCAAGAGUUUACAAGAAAUGGUUGGGGAUUUGCCUUUCCACCAGACUCGCCAUUAGCAGUUGACCUGUCAACUGCCAUAUUGGAGUUGGCAGAAAAUGGAGAUUUACAAAGGAUCCAUGACAAAUGGCUUUUGAGCAGUGCUUGUCUGUCACAAGGGGCAAAGCUUGAAGUAGACAGACUCAAUCUCAAAAGCUUUUGGGGCCUCUAUCUAGUUUGUGGUUUGGCAUGUUUACUUGCUCUCCUGAUAUAUCUUAUUCAGACCUUGAGGCAGUACAAGAAGCACGGUCCGGAGGAACUUGAGUCUCCUGGCCAAGGCUUGGGAUCUUCGCGCCUGCGGACUUUUAUUUCAUUUGUAGAUGAAAAAGAAGAUAUAGUUAAGAGUCGCUCCAAGAGAAGGCAGAUGGAGAGGAUAUCAUAUAGAAGCACAAGUGAGGUUGGAUCAACCAUCAUCUCCAAUAAAGAUUUAUCGCCGUCAUCGGUGAACAGAAUUGAUUCUGUUAAUGAAGUCUGACCAACUGUUGCCGAUUUCCCUAACGAUUUUGAAUCCACUGCAGUAAAAUCUACAUUUACUAUUGCUGCUGCUGGGUUCCUACCACAUUUUUCGUUUCCAGAAAAUAUAUUUGUAGGAUAUACCAACUUGUGUCUGACUGUAAUGUAUGGAUGUAGAAUUAUUCCUACUUGUGGUUUCUGUAGUAUAUAUAUUUAGAACAAAGUCAUAUCAUUAUUAUUUAAAAUGUAGCAGACUAAUUGGUGGCUCCAUCUCUUUGAUUGUAGCAUAACAACUGAUUUUUACUCAAUGUAGUACAGUACUAGAGUGUUAGGUCUCUGAUAUAAAUAUUUGAUAUUAUAAUGUAA